ACUUCAAACUUGUUUGUGUUGAGUCAUCAAUACCUACUGCCAAAAUACCGGUCCAACAUACAACUAGUAUUAAUAUCUUUGUAUAUUUUCCUCAAGAGUCUUAAGCGACUUGGCAUAAUUAAUUAAACAGCAUAAAAUAAGUUUCCUUUUGUUUCGUUUAACUUUAAUUGAACACCAUUUUUGCUUUGUUUUAAUUUAAUUUUGAGUAAAACAGUGAACAGAACAAUUUCAGUAUAUUGGUUCUUCGUCUUUUUUUUUUGCGAUUUAUUUUCACUUCACGAUAAUAUGUUAAGUUGAUGACAUCUUCAAAACGAAAAAUAAAAUAAAUGUAGAGAAAGUGUUGUUGAAAGUAAAGUUAGUGUGCGUGAAAAGAAGUGUGGGGUUGAAGUGAAGUGUGGGGUUGAAGUGACGUGUUCGAUUGAAGUGUCAGAAGGUCCAUGAUGGGCGGGGUGGACGGUGAGCGAGUGAUGGAGGAGCUAGGCUGGAACCGGCGCUUCCAUGUCCUCAUGUACGCAAUGGUGUUCGCGCCCUGCUUCAUGUCCUGCAUCUACUUCACCAACUACGUGUUCCUGGCCGGAGACGUGCCUUACAGAUGUGUAAUUCCUGAGUGCGAGGCAGCCAACAGUACGGAGUACUCCCCGGCGUGGCUGCAGCAGGCGCUGCCUGAGGACCCCGUGGAGAGGCGAUGCUCUGCGAGAGUACCGCGGGGACCUGAUUGUGGAGACUUCUCCUCAGAGCUGCGUCGCUGUGAUACGUGGAUGUACGGAUCGCGCGACACAAUCGUGGCUGAGUUUAACCUGGCGUGUCAGGAGUGGAAACGCACCCUGGUGGGGACUGUGCACAAUAUGGGCAUGCUGGUGUCGGUGAUUCUUCUGGGCUACGUUUCCGACCGUUGGGGCCGAAAGGUAGCGCUGGUGUUGAGCAGCACUUUGGUGGGAGUGAUAGGAACGAUGAAGGCGUUCUCUGUCUCCUACGAGAUGUACAUCAUCGUGGAGUUCCUGGAGACGGUGGCUGGUGCGAGCGGCUUUCCUGCAGCUUAUAUCAUUACUAUUGAAUUGUUAGGACAAGAUAAACGAGUAUUGACCACUGCAUUUCUGGGAAUCAUGCUUGUCUUGGGAGGAAUCUCUUUUGCCCUGCUCGCUAAGACAUUCCACUAUUGGAGAACAUUCAUUCUCGUGGUAUACCCACCGUCGGUACUUUUUAUCUCCUACAUAUACUUCCUACCAGAAAGUAUAAGGUGGCUGCUGUCAAAAGGUCGGAAAGCAGAAGCUGUCAAGAUUAUAAUGAAGGCGGCAAAGAUGAACAAGGUGACGUUGUCGGAGGACUUGAUGCGGCAGUUGACAGAGGAGGAGAAGGUGAAGACAGAGGAGCAGCAGAAGACGGAACAGAAGAGCCUGUGGCUGCAGAUUUUGAAGUCGCCAGUGAUUAUGAGCAGGCUGGCGAUAUGUUCGUGGUGGUGGAUUACUUGCACGUUCGUGUUCUACGGGCUGGCUAUCAACUCGGUGUCGCUGGCGGGAGACAAGUACACCAACUACAUCCUGGUGGUGAGCGUGGAGGUGAUAGCCGUUGUCACGAACGCUCUGGUGCUGGACCGCAUCGGGCGAAAGCGGACGCUGCUCAUCGCCUACCUGGUCUGUGGGCUAUCCUGCAUUGCUAUCGCGUUCGUUCCUGCCGAUCUGCCGUGGCUGGUGACAGUUCUGUACCUGCUGGGCAAGAUCGCCAUCACGCAGGCGUUCAACGGCAUCUACAUGUAUACCUCGGAGCUGUUCCCCACACACGCCCGCCACUCGCUUCUGGGUUUCUGCUCCAUGGUGGGCCGCAUUGGGUCCAUUGUGGCGCCGCAGAUGCCACUCCUGGCGAUCUACGUGGAGUGGCUUCCAUCAGUGCUAUUCGGGAGUGCGGCUCUGCUAGCUGCAUCACUGAUGCUGACUACCCCGGAGACACUCAACGUGCGGUUACCAGACACCAUCCAGGAGGCAGAGGAGAUCGGGCUCAAACCCCGCGCGGCCCCACCCCCGAAAACUUGCGAUACUGACACUCACGUCACUUCCAAGUUCUGACGAUAACACUAAAGCUUACAACAUUAGCUAUGUGUAAUAAUAAUACUGGCCAUAGACAAAAAAAUAUAAUCAUAGAGCAAUAAAACUUGUACAGGAAAAAAUAUAAUUAUAGUUACUAAUAUAGACUUAGGGUAUGUUUUGAUAUGCACUGCGAGCACUGCACAGUCCUAUUACUGUAGAAAAAUUCGUUCCGUUAUGUACUGCCAGUAUACUGCCGUAUUACCCUAGGGAAAUAUAUGACGUCAUAAAACGCCGCCAUAUUCUCUUUAAUACACUCAUUUGAAUGCUGCGUCAGAAAAUAUGGCUGACAGAAUACGGGAUUGCGUACCGUUUUAAAUAGUAACCAGUAUAACUGGCUAUAAAGGAACGGCUUCGGCUAUACUAAAUUGACGUCACACUGUACAGUGGUCGCAGUGAAUAUCGGAACAUACCCUUAGAGUAUAGCGUGUUUGCGACUUGAUAGCCCGACAAUGACUAGUGGUUAGUGAUGGUUUUAACUUGAAGCUAUCGCCAAGUUUUGUAUCUUGCUGUGUCUCCGUUAGAGAAAUUCUUCUCUCUAACACGCUAUGUUUGUUUACACGAUAGUUUAUUUUAAGUCUAUAGGUAGGACUGUGGGACGCGGAGGUCUGUGAAAACAGCUCUGAUAGAAAAGCGUUUAUAUAAUGCUUGUAUGUAACAUAUUAAAUGCAAACCGAACCAAAUUGUUUAAGAAACUUAUUGACGCACAACAACGACCAAUGGCCUAUUAAAAGGUCGUCAAAAAUGUCCGAGCGGCGUUGUACGUAUAUAUGUAAACUUAACAGAUAAUAUCAAAUUAACACCUUAUUUCGAGGCAGUAAAGUUCAAAGUACACUACUGAGAAAUUAUUUAGGAAAUUAUUGAGAACGUCAAAUUAGUUUCACACUUUUGUUAACUUAAAGUGUAAAUCACUUACCUGUAAUACGACACUGCAUCCAUUUUAAAUUUGGAUUAUUUGGACAGUUUUUCACUGAACACUUUAUCUUUGCGUGGUGUUCAAUUCAAAGCGCGGUCGAAACAAAACUGACUGAACACAAUUUUUGAGCGUGAUUGUGAACCCAGUUGCUUAUUGUACGUCCUCAUAUAACUCGUGAAUUGGUUCAGUAUAUUUAGUGGUUGCCGUUUCUGGAAUUUAAAAUAUUAAUUUCAUAACUUUAUUAACUAUGGCUAUAAUAAUUGUAAAAUAUGAUUUUAUUUUCAACUUCUAGUGAUUUAGUAUGUUGUGAAAAUACAGAUCUUGCGCUUAAUGGGAAGUCUUUUUUUAAAUAAGAGGGAGCAGACGGGCAGAAGGCUCACGUGAUGGGAAGUAGUGAGACAACCGCCCAUGGAAGUCCACAAUAACAGGGACAGGCCUUUAAGAUGGAAUUAUGCUCUAAGUUUGAAGAUUCAAAGUCGUAUCUGUUCGCGAAAACUAUAACCGCUAAUUGAUUCCACAAAGUUGCUGUGUAAGCAGGCCUGUCUCACUCCCUGUGUAGGAUCGAAAACGUAAGUACGUAUGGCGGCCUCUACACAGUAGGCCACCCAGUAGGGACUCACGAGCGAGCAGUGACGCACGCGCGAGCUUUGCUAUCACCUACUUCACCGAUCCGACCGAUAUUUUAAUGGAGAAACAUAAAUAAAGCAAAGCAUAUGCUAUAUAAUAAAAUAAAGAUCAUUGCGAUCCAAAUUUAAACCUAUUAAUUCUUCUUAAGACGCUGAAACAAUCUAUUUAAAGUGAUUAUUAUUAUAAUGAAAUUACCAUUCAUGAUAGCUACCUAUAUAUUUACUAUAUACUAAGUAGGUUUGACUAUGUUGUGGUGUUCGAAAGCAUACAAUAGAGACACACAAGACAGACAGUAUCUGUACCAAAUGUAGGUCUGACAACGAAAUAAUAUUGUUUUAAAAUUACGAUUGCAUUUCUAAUUAUAUAAUAGAAAAAAACUGAGCUAUUUUUAUAAGAUGACCUUUUACUUGGUAAGCUACAGUUUUAGGUAAAGAAGGCAACCCUAAUGUCGUCAGAAGAGGUAAGAGUCACGCGAUAGAAAGAGAGGCAACUUCUAGGUGAAUAAAAAUGUAGGUUAGUAGCGCUGUGCGAUCUGAAUUACACCUUAUUGUAUGACCGCAAUUUCUUUAAUUGAUUUCGUAGAGUGAGACAUCCGUACUUGUACUAUUCUGUAUUCUUUGACGUGGGGACGUUUCGGCAUUGUAUGAUGCGAAUUAUCGGAGUCCCGCUGUAGACACGCGACAUCGGUGUACUAUGGGACACGUAUUAUUCACAUUGUGACGUCAUUGCUGACGAGUGACAAGAGAAUAACACUAUUGUGUUCUAUAAGUGUAGGUAUAAACAAGGUAUUAAAAAGCCGUCCAAAAACAGAUUUUUAUGUGACUGACUUUUAUACCUAUCUUUAAAUUCUCUAUCUGAAUAUUUCAAUAAAACCCUUUUAAAGGAUAUUUAAACGCGUGUAACUGUAACUGUGUUUUACAAUUAGUUUUUGCCUAAAAGUUUUUAUUUAAGUGACCUAUUCAGAGCACGCUUUCAGGGGGACUGCGAUUGACUUGAGUCAAGAUAGUAUUUAUCAUAGUUGUCAUUAUGAAGUUUAGCGCCAUAUUUUGUUUUAUUUGGAGGUGUUAUUUGCUGUAGACAGAUGGCAAAAUUUACUGACAGUGUAAAUUACACGCCUUUUAAUCCUUUAAAAAUUGUUUUAUUUAAAUAUGUAACACUCAAGAAACAACUAUGAUUCAACGUUCAAAAUUUAUUCAAAAUAAAAAUAAAUACAGACGAGCCAUCUCAAUGUAGAAGCACGACACUAACAUUCAAAUAUGAACCCUAUUGUUGGUUAUAAAUACUUUGCGGAGGGUUUUCAAUAACGUAUCUCUAGUUACGGAUAGAUUGUUAUCAACGUUUAAUGACAAGAUCUUAUCUAUCCAUAGUUAUGUCCAACAUAGUUUGUAAUGAGUUAUAGUCCAAUGCUUUAUGUCGAUAUGUUAUUGAAAUGUAAGUAAGCGUAAAAGGAUAGAUUUGUCUACUCUUCUCUAGUAAGUUAAACUAAGGAUAGAUAGGUUAUUGAAAACGGCCGUUAGUGAAUUAUUAUGAGACGGACUAUUAAAAUGUAUUGACUGUCAUGUUUUUAACUUUAGUUAAUGCACAAACGUGAUUUCUUUAUAUUAUAAACUAUUAACUUAAGGCUGCUAUCCCAAGAAAUCGCCAAAAUAGCGCAUUAUUGAAACCAUUUCAUAAAGUUUUAUAUAAAGUUUGUAUUUUUACAAAAAAUAUUUAUAUGUCUACAGAAUAUGAGAAGAAAAUUCAUUUUUCUUUUACAUUUCUAUCUCCAUGCGGAAAAGUACCAACGAAGUACCCCUCUCCUCCCUCCCUCCCUCUCCAACUCUUACAGUUGGAGACAUCUUAAUCAUUCAAUAUAGAUAAAGAUUAUAUUAAAAACUAUUAACUGUAAGAGUUAGGGGUAUUUUGGUGGUACUUUUUCGCAUGGAGAUAGAAAUGUGAAAAACAUGAUAUAGUUUUGUUAUUUUUGUUAAGAAAAUUGUAUUAUGUUUGUAGUAAAUUAAAAUUGCUUCUAAUUCAGAAUUAAAACUAUGACGAUCUUGUACGGGAGAGGUAUCCUAGCUUCGCUCGAUUCCUCAAGGCCGUUGAUUUGAUCUCCAGCCUUAAAUACUUCCAAGUGCUCACAAAUAGUAGAUUGUUAACCGAGGGUCUAAAGAAUCAAUUCCCGAGGUACUUAGACCGGCUAUAGUCCGAGCAGGAAUUGAUUCUUUUACCCGUGUUAAACACUCUACUUUUCAUUUCGAAUAUGAGGAAAAUAAAACUAGUUGUUUACCAGUUAUUUAUUCAUAAUAUUUAAUAAUAUUAGUAGUACCUAUUUAAAAUUAACUGUCAAAUUAGGACAAUUUAUGUCGACUUUUAAAAUUUUAAAUAUAGAACUCACCGCGUAAUUGUUGCGGUUUAUUCCGCUUAAAGAAGUUUGCGCUAAGUUCAAACUGGCUGUUUAGAAAGUCACAUGGUCGCAGCAUUUUUUUAAUUAGUUGUUUUUUUAGAUAAAACUCUUCACAGCUGACAGCAGUUCUAUUUUUAAAGUUUAUUCCGGCCCUUAGGUGGGAAAUAAUUUGUAUGAGUUUUUCCCUCUGUAUGGAAGGAAGCAGCAUUUUCCACCCAAUAAUCAGAUCAAAACAACAUUAUUAAACAUUCCGAGUAUGUGAAAUGAAAAAGUCUUUUUCGUCCAUAGAGAGCUUCCCUCCAUAGAGAGGGAAAAACUCAUACAAAUUACUUCCCACCUAAGGCCGGAAUAAACUUUAAAAAUAGAACUGCUGUGAAGAGUUUUAUGUAAAAAAGAACUAAUAAAAAAAAACUGUCAUGUGACUUUCUAAACAGCCAGUGUGAACUUAGCGCAAACUUCUUUGAGUGGAAUAAACCGCAAACAUUACGCUGUAAGUUCCAUAUUUGAAAUUUAAAAGUCGACAUAAAUUGGCGGGAUACUAAUCUGUGCUUAGAUAAAAAACUAAUUUUAUUUUCCUCAUAUUCGAAAUGAAAAGUAGAGUGUUUAACUCGGGUAAAAGUAUCAAUUCCUGCUCGGACUAUAGCCGACGUCACUGCACUCGGGCGUCGAAAUACCUCGGGAAUUGAUUCGUUCGACCCUCGGUUAACAAUCUGCUAUUAAAUUACCGAAUCUAAUGCACGUUCGGAAAAAGUUGAGCUCGUGAGAAGAACAUAAAAGAAACUCAACGGCUACUUUUAAAUCAAUUGGAGUAUUUUAUAAAAGCUGUGAUAUACAUAACAAAUAAGUUUGUAAGUUGCUGCAUCCAAUAUAAUACGAAUCGUGUUGAAAAUUAAAAGAGUUUUAGGUACUUCAUAGAAAUAAACUGUAAAUAUAAAAUAUCGUAUAUUGGAUGCAUCAACCUUUAGAGCUUGAAUUCUUUAGAUUAAAUAUUGGUCUUCGCUGCGCUCCAACUAGUCACCGCAGGCUUAGCCGCAAAGUGCGGCAACUAAUACUACGCCCAAGUGGGCGUAAUCGAGCCAGUCUCGAACAAUGUGUGACGUUGACGUGCCACAUGUUCUGUUAAACUCUGCUAAUAAUUGAAACUAAAAUGCCGGGUUGCGUAGUAAAACUUUGUAAAAAUAAUACUACAAGAAAUAAGAAAGACACUGGGAUCAUAUAACAUCAGUAAGUAUUUUGUAUUUUAUUAAUUUAAAUGUAAAAUAACACGAAGCGUAUGUUACAAAUUUUGAAAGUUGCCAUUGAGUGUAAAUAUGCCACGCACACAAGCAUCUAAUAGUUCCCGUAAAAAAAAGCUAUUGUUCUUAGGUAGUGUGGUAUCUAGUUGGAGCGCAGCGGAGACCAAACCUUAAUCUAAGUUGAAUUCAUUGUUUUUGUACUAUUUAUGUACAUUGUUUGUGUAUCAUUACAAUUACACUAGUAUGCUGUGUAAUAUUUACAGUUUUAUAAUUAAUUGGUUCAUUUAUAACUUCAGUUCAACGUUGUACUGUUAAAUCUACUGUAAAUCAAAGUUAAACAAAAUGUAUUUUUAAAAUGUAUUUAUGACGGCGGAUGAGAAAAUAAAAUAUACAAUUUUGGACUUUAUUGAAUUUUAAAAACUAGAAAAAUAUAUAAAAAUUUUUGUAAAUCAAUGUGUUACCGAUAUUAAUUUCAGUUAAAAUAACACAACAUAUAACAUUAUAUAACUGUUAUAAUAACAGUUAAAUAACAGUUAAAAUAUAAUUUCAAUAUUUAAGUGUUUUUAAUUUAAAUUUAUAUGAAAUUAAUUAUUAAAUAUAAGUAUGCUUAUUUAAUACCAAGUGUAAUAUAUUAGAUUUAUUAUGAUAUAUCAUAGUGAGAUAUUGAAGCGAUGUAUGAGAUGAUAAUAUGACAAUAAAUACAGAUCAUUCCAUACGCA